AUGGGCAUCUUUGACUACCUCCGCCCCAGGCGACAGAAUGGCAUACCCAGAAAACACACCAUGCCUCCUCCAGACAUACUCUCAUACCAAAAUGAUGCCCUCGACAAGCGACACUCCAAACUCUCCUCCAUGUCGCCCAACGCAGAGCAGUCACAAGCCAACACCAGACCAACAACAAGCUCAAGCUGGACCUCCGCCAUAACCUCAACCACCACCUCAACCUCCAUCUCGACCUCAACCUCGACCUCCAUCUUGACCCCCACCACAACCUCACACACAACAACUACCACCCCCCUCUCCCCCCCUCACUCAAACUACACUCUCAGCAACCACGACCUCAACCUCAACAGACCACCCACCCCUCCCUCCCGGCACCCACCACCCCCCUCCCCACCCCCAUCCCCUCCACUCUUUCCAACAUCCGAAUUCACUCUACAUUUACCACCACCGCCGCCGCCCCCCUACGCCCGCCUCUCCUCUCGAAGGACAGACCUACCUCUACCGUCCUACGCAGAACUUGUUCAAGAGAGACAGAUCGUCCCUCCUCGUCCACGACCACUUCCCACACCGCGAGAACCCCCGCCUUCUUUCGAGGCGGCGGAGAUUCAGGAACACGACGAGUUACAUGGGAUGGACCCUUCGAGUUGGCCGGGGUGUGAGUAUUGUCGGGUGUAUGAGUUGUGGGUUUCUUAUUGGAGGGGGGAGGGGGUGGGGGGUGUAGGUGUGAGUGGGUGA